UCGAUAUUAUUGAUUUGUUAAAAAAUAAAAAAAAAAACAAUAAUAAUCGCAUAGCUUUUUUCGUUUACGUUCUCUGAAAAACCGGUUUUUAGUUCACAAUCUUUUACAUCUCCAUAGGAAACACAGUUAAGGAUGCGGAAGUCGUACAAAGUUUGUGUUGUAUUGCUGAUUAUAUUACCUAGCACAUUAUAAAAAUGUUUAUAAAAUUAUUGUUGAAUGAAAACAGUGUACUGUUAUCUUCCUAGCCGUGAAAUUCACUAUUAUAAGAACACAAACAGUUCCGGUGUGAAAAUACAAAUCUUCGUUGGACAGUGGCAAGGAAAUCGAUUUUUCCAACCACACCAACACAGUUUUGUUAAACACAACCAGGUGGGGUAGCAAGUGAUGUUACUCUGUAUAUCUCCUUAGUUGGUAUACAUUCCGAGCUCAAUCUACAUAUUUUGUAAAAACAAUUGGGAUAUAAUGUGUCUUUAUUACUGCGUCAUCAUUGGAGUCCAUCGCAUUUACAUAUAGCCUAAUAGACGUAAAUUACAUUAAAUUAUCAAAAAACAACGAUGCCAGAAAAUUUGGAGCUCCAUCAAUUCGUCGAUGGUAUUCGUCAUAGCGAAACCUCACACAAGCUCCUCACACGGUUUAAAGCAACGCUUAAUUGCCCGUACUUGGGUAUAAUAUUAGCUACGCUCUCCUCGCUUUUCUUCUCGCUAUGUUCAGUUAUAGUUAAAGGACUAGUGGAUAUUAAUCCAAUGGAGCUCGCUUCAUUUCGCUUUGUUGGCGUUUUGCUGCCUGCUAUACCCAUUGUCAUCUACAAUCGCCAACCGGUGUUUCCAGAGGGCAAACGUGUAAUCCUGCUGUUACGAUGCUUUUUGGGUACCACUGGUUUAAUGCUAAGCUUCUAUGCAUUUCGUCAUAUGCCACUCGCCGAUGCAAGUGUUAUAAUAUUUUCGACGCCAGUAUUUGUCGCCAUUUUCGCACGAGUCUUUCUCAAGGAGCAGUGUAGUCUCUUUAAUAUUGUUACUAUUGUACUGACUUUGGUCGGUGUGGUCUUAAUAACUCGACCACCUUUAGUUUUUGGCGAUGCCGCGCCUUCGAUGGAGACUGAACGUUUUUCCGGGAAAACCUAUGAUAUUUGGGGUCCCGUUGCUGCCAUCUCAUCCACAUUAUUCGGUGCCAAUGUAUACAUAUUACUGCGAGCUCUUAAAGGUCUGCAUUUCUCUGUUAUAAUGACGAACUUUGGUGCCUUUGCACUAGUCUAUACAUUCAUUGUGUGCCGUUCGAUUGGCGCUCUGUGUUGGCCAGCAUGUGGUCAUGAUCGAUGGCUGGUUGUGGUACUCGGUAUAUUCAGCUUUUUAGGACAAAUAUUACUCACGCUAUCGCUGCAAAUGGAGCAAGCCGGUCCAGUGGCUAUUGCACGGUGUGCAGAUAUUGUCUUCGCAUUUAUAUGGCAAAUAUUGUUCUUUGGGGAAACGCCCACUGGUUUCUCGCUUUUGGGCGCGCUACUGGUGGUAAGCUCAGUUACAUUGACAGCUCUGAAAAAAUGGGCAAUGUCACUGCCCCGUGAAUCUAGCGCUAGAAAACGUCUCCGAUAUUUAUUACUGGAUUAAUACUAAAAAAAAAACUAAAAAAAAAAUAAAAAAAAAACUAAAAAAAAUAAACAAACUAAAAGCUAAACUCAACAGACUUUAUCAUAGAUUAUUCGAAUAUACGACGUUAAUAUUGGAAGCGCAUUGUGGUUUCUCUCAUAGGAUGAUAAUUAUAGUAUCGCAUCUCCGUAAAUAAUAUAUUCAACAUAAAUAUUAAGAAAAAAUAACGAAUCAAACCAAAAAACUAAACCAAAAAAUUACCAUUACAUUGUACUUAAUUCAAAUGAGGCUGGCAUUUAAAUACAUACUUAGAUAAAUACGUAAUAAGUCAAACCAAAAAAAUGU